CAUCCCACCUGUUCAGCUUCGCCCCUCGUCGCUGCGCUCUGCGACUGCGUUGACUGAUACCAUUUUGCUUCAAUGUCUUCCCCGGCGCCGCAUCGCUCGCAGCGCCCCUCUGCUACCCCGCGGAGGAGUACACGAAAUUCCCAAAUCCCCUCCAGCCCAGCGCCGGAAGGGCCCGAUGCUCAGCUGCACUCUGAGGCAUCGCAGGCCUCGCAGCGCGGCUUCAACGCAACCCCACGGGCGAACCGUCUCCAGGCGCCGUCAACACAGUCGCCGCUGUUCUAUCGCUCCUCUCCGGGGACACAGUCGACCUCAGGGGCUGCAAACAAUGCCCCAGAGAGUGACGGUGGUGCGACGCCCAAAGCGAGCGGAGUAACAAUUGGAGAUUCUUCUCCCAUCCGAUACGCCUCCAGCUCCAGCCCAGGACGUGCCCGCCAUGCCCAUAACACGGAUAUCCGAAGCAGCAGUAGCGCGCUUUUCGUUCGCGACCCCGGCAGUACAGCAGCCCGGAACAGGCGCAGCGACAUCCACUCUGACAUUCUCGGCCCUAGUUCUACGGGCAGACGCCGCAGGCUGUUUGUUGACGAGAAUGGCAUGGCUGUGGAGAACUCUGAUGCACCAACCUUCUCGAAUCUGAACCCUGACACUUCGGAUGCGGAAGUCCUAGGAGGAAACUCGUCGAGGUUCAUUUGGGGCACCAACAUCUCCAUUGCGGAUGCCCUGAGUGCCAUGAAAGAUUUUCUCUUCAACUUCCAGAGGAAAUACCGCUUGAUCCAGGACGGAGAGCUCGCAGAAGGUGCUAGCCUAUCUGCUGACGACCCGGCAAUGGCCAGAGAGUACAUUGAGAUGAUGAAGGCCAUGCUUGAGAUGGGUGUGACACCUCUGAAUUUAGAUGCACGCAACUUGAAGGCCUAUCCUCCCACCAGGAAGCUAUGGCACCAACUCCAAGCUUUCCCAAGUGAGAUCAUCCCCAUCAUGGAUACAGCAAUCAAAGAUGCCAUGAUCGAACUUGCUGAGAGACGCAUGGCAGAGCUACGAGUGCAGCUGUCUCAGGCCCAGCGAGGACCCGAACGUGGUCAUAAUUCGAGUUCGCUCCCGCCUAUGUUCAGUUCAGAUGCUCCGACCCCUGGCGCGCCAUCGCCUGGAGGUGCGGCGCUAGAUAUCCCAGACCUUGUAAGGGAGGUUGACCAGAAGACAUACCGCGUUCGUCCCUUUGGCUUGGACAAAUCUGUCAACCUGCGAGACCUGAACCCGGGAGAUAUGGACAAACUUGUGAGCGUGAAGGGUCUGGUCAUUAGAGCCACACCAAUUAUCCCAGAUAUGAAGGACGCGUUCUUCAAAUGCUCCGUCUGUAACCAUACCGUGAGGGUGGAUAUUGACCGUGGCAAGAUCACUGAGCCUACCCGUUGCCCUCGUCCAGUCUGCGAGUCCUCCAAUUCGAUGCAGAUUGUUCACAACCGCUCAGGUUUUGCGGACAAACAGGUAAUCAAGCUUCAGGAAACUCCGGACAGUGUGCCGGAUGGUCAAACGCCACAUUCAGUGUCUCUCUGUGUGUACGACGAGCUUGUCGAUGUGUGCAAGGCUGGUGAUCGCGUUGAAAUCACCGGUGUAUUCAAGAGCGAUCAGGUCCGUAUCAACCCCCGUCAACGGUCUGUGAAGAACAUCUUCAAAACCUACGUCGAUGUAUUGCAUAUCCAGAAAGUCGACAAGAGGCGUAUGGGAAUCGACGUUUCCACGAUCGAAGAGGAGCUCGCCGAACAUGUCGCUGGUAGCGCUGAGGAAACCCGCAAGGUCUCUGAGGAAGAGGAAGCCAAGAUCAAAGCAACCGCAGCGCGACCAGAUAUCUAUGAGCUCCUCUCACGCUCGCUAGCGCCGAGCAUUUACGAGAUGGACGAUGUCAAGAAGGGAAUCUUGCUCCAACUUUUUGGUGGCACCAACAAGUCGUUCGAUAAGGGAGGAAGCCCCAAGUACAGAGGUGACAUCAACGUACUUCUGUGCGGUGAUCCCUCGACAGCCAAGUCGCAGAUCCUUCAGUAUGUGCAUCGCAUUGCCCCUCGCGGUGUGUACACAUCCGGUAAAGGUUCAUCCGCUGUCGGUCUGACUGCAUACAUCACCCGCGACCCUGAGACACGACAGCUCGUACUGGAGUCUGGCGCGCUUGUUUUGUCCGACGGAGGUGUCUGCUGUAUUGAUGAGUUCGACAAGAUGUCUGACUCUACGCGCUCUGUGUUGCACGAAGUUAUGGAACAGCAGACAGUAUCCAUCGCCAAAGCCGGUAUCAUCACCACCCUCAACGCAAGAACCUCCAUUCUCGCUUCCGCUAAUCCCAUCGGCUCCAAGUACAACGUCAAUCUUCCGGUCCCGCAGAACAUUGACCUCCCGCCUACGCUACUCUCACGUUUCGAUUUGGUCUACCUGGUGCUUGACCGCAUCGACGAAAUGGCCGACCGAAGGCUAGCAAAGCAUUUGGUAGGCAUGUACCUGGAAGACACUCCAGAGCAUGCCAAUCGCAACGAGGUGCUCCCAAUCGAGUUUCUCACAUCAUACAUCUCCUACGCUCGCACAAACAUCCACCCGAAGAUCACCGAUGGCGCUCAAAAAGCGCUUGUAGACGCUUACGUCGCAAUGCGCGCCCUCGGUGCGGACGUACGCUCUCAAGAACGUCGUAUCACCGCGACCACGCGUCAACUCGAAUCAAUGAUCCGUCUCGCCGAGGCACAUGCUAAGAUGCGUCUCAGCGAGAUCGUGACCGCAGACGAUGUCCAUGAAGCCGUUCGCCUCAUCAAGUCUGCGCUCAAACAAGCCGCUACUGACGCCCGUACCGGUUUGAUCGACAUGUCUCUUCUCACUGAGGGCACUUCGACGAGCGACAGGAGAAGGAAGGAGGACCUCAAGCGCGCUGUGCUUGGCGCUAUUGAUGAACUCGGCAGCGCAGGCCAGAACGUGAGACUGAGUGAUUUGGCGAAGAAGGUUAGGGAUGGCGCGACAGAGCAGAUCGAGAACCAGGAGUUUCUCGAGGUCCUGAAGGCGGCUGAGUUGGAGGGGAGCGUGCAGUUGUCUGGUGAGGGGCCGAGGAGGAUGGUCAAGAGGGUUGUUGGGGCUUUCUAGGCGUUGGCAUGAUGAGAUGACUGGGAAUGGUGACGACUUUAGGCGUGCGGUUUAGCGCAGUGUAACAAUGAAGAGAAGGAGCUUCACGAUAUACUAUAGUUGCGAUGGAAGCAUAUGUAGAUAUUAAUCGACCUGACCC